UAUGUCAGCCUCCAUGAAAUUAGUCAGUGCGAGUCAGAAAUUGAAGUAUUCUUGAAAUAGUCCUUGGUGUGGAUGUCCAGGAACCCAGACAUGGAUUCUGUAACAAAAGAUGAGAAAGGGGAAACACAGGCUAGUGCCACAAUUUCAAAGAAACAGCUUAGGAGACAGCAACGACAAGAAAAAUGGUUAUCCAUAAAAGCAGAUGUUAGAGCUAAAGAAAAACAGAGAAAGAAGCAGAAAAGACGAGAGGCCCUCGAAAGAGGAGAUGUCAUGGCACCCACCAGGAAAAAGUUGCGGACUAACACAAUGGCUAAAUCUUCUUGUAAAACUUCUGUAGUUAUAGAUUGUUCUUUGGAUGGAUAUAUGGGGGAGAAGGAUAUAAUGAAGCUAGUGAAGCAGAUUCAGUUUUGUUACUCCAGCAAUCGAAGAGCACAGAAUCCUAUGCAGUUUCAUGUCACUGGUGUACAUGGCCAGACAAAAGCGAGACUGGAGAGCAUUGGAGAUUAUCAGAACUGGGAU